AUGACAGUGUUUGGUGUUGGUGUUGGUGUCGGUGUCGGUGUUAUUGUGGGCACAAAGGCCGGUGUUGUCGAUUCGAUGAGCACCACAGCGAUCUCCGGCGAACGCCGUACCAAGAAACCCUCCAACCGACCCGCAAUCCAGAUUUAUCGUCCUCCAGGACUUAGAAGCGGUGAGGAUGCAACGAACUCGAAACCGCCUGCAACUGCCGGUGCAAAGCAGUUGAAAAAAGAUACCGCUAAGCGUUUAAGUGAAGAAAACAAUACUUCUUCACGAAGCACUUUCGGUGCUACAUUGAACGAAUGUACACGAAAGAGUACCGAAGAAAGCGACGGCUCAUUACCUCGUACUGAUAGUGCUUUAAGUAACGACUCAUCUAAUUCCAGUGUUGAAUCUGAAAAAAAUAAUAACAAUCGUAAAAGUACAACUGAAACGUCGUUACACGUUAAGCAGCAGCUUAAAAGAUCAGGAAGUCGAAAAUCAUCCAGUUCAUCCCUAAAAGCAACUACUAAUGGCAACGUGAAACACAGUGGUGGUGAACUUAUACGAAAAGAAAGCCUAAAUGUCAAAUCUGCCCUGAAAGAAACAAAAAAAAAGGGUUUUAAUCAAAAGGACAUUGAAGAUUUGACUAUUAGCUUGCGGAGUCUUUCAAUUGCUAAAGAAAACAUUGUUAUUGAACAGUUUAUCACAGGCAAUUUUGAGGACGACAAAGCAGCAGAUGCUUUAGCGCAGGUUUUUGUUCAUUACUGUUUGGAGGAGAACAAACAAGCCGGAAAAAAUAUUUCUCGUAUUGCUGGUCAAAUUGUUAACCUAUGUGGAACACCAGCGUUUUAUCAGGGAAUGAUCUCCUCCCUUCUGCAGUACUUUGAAUGUAGAGACCAGUUACGUUUGGAGCACUCCCGUGUAUGGAUUACGUUCCUGAAUUUUGUUUCCGACCUUUAUGCCAGUGUUGGAUACGUCUAUGAAGGAGAACUUGUGAAUCUGAUCUUCCGUCUGUUCGACUAUAUCCUUAAAGCACCAGUACUAGAAGAUGUCAAAAUAGAAGAGCUGGAAAGCCUUAUAGCGUGCUUGCUUAGCGUUGGUUAUGAUUUGGAGAGGCAAUGUCCCGAGCAGCUUGCAAUCCUAAAGGAUCUUAUCAGGGACGCCUUUAUUGAGGUCCAAGAGCCUUGGCAGCGGAAAAUGAUUCUGUUGCUGAUGGAGUUAGGGGCUAGCAGCUGGAAAUUACCUACAGAAGCUAACGAGUACUACUUCCAAAAUACAAGUCAUUAG